CCGCCAUGUUCUUCCGUCGCCGCUGGACGGGAGCCACUGGCCUGGGACCCGGGCCGCGCCGCCAUCACUGCCUCCUGCUCGCGGCGCCCCGGACCCACUCUCUUUCCUCACCGCUCCGGGACGGGCCGGCCCGCACCUCCCGGCCGUCGUUCCCCGUGUGGCGGCACGAGGCUUCCCUGGCUCCGAGAAUGAACUUGGUGCUCUGCUGAUUCCUACCCUGAGGUCUCAGGGGCUCCUCCCAACAGAUUCUGCCAGAGGAUUUCACCAAAUUGCUGAAUCUGUCCUUUAACCUUGGAUGAGGAUUAUUGCCUGUGGGCACUCGUUGGGCACUGUGGAGCAGAAGGAACCUCACUUGACUUUUUAAGGGUUCCAAAAUCUUGAUCUUGAGGAUUCAUCAUGGCAGGAAAAUCCUCACUGUUUAAAGUUAUUCUCCUCGGAGACGGUGGCGUUGGGAAGAGCUCGCUUAUGAACAGAUACGUAACUAAUAAAUUUGAUACACAGCUCUUCCACACCAUAGGGGUGGAGUUCUUAAAUAAAGAUUUGGAGGUGGAUGGCCACUUUGUUACCUUGCAGAUCUGGGACACAGCUGGGCAGGAGCGUUUCCGCAGCCUGCGGACGCCCUUCUACAGGGGUUCAGAUUGCUGCCUGCUGACCUUCAGUGUUGAUGACUCGCAGAGCUUCCAGAACCUGAAAAACUGGAAGAAAGAGUUCAUAUAUUACGCAGAUGUGAAAGAACCCGACAGCUUUCCUUUUGUGAUUCUGGGGAACAAGGUCGACAUAAGUGAACGGCAGGUGUCUGCUGAAGAAGCCCAGGCCUGGUGCAGGGACAACGGCGACUACCCUUACUUUGAAACAAGUGCCAAGGAUGCCACCAAUGUCACAGCAGCCUUUGAGGAAGCUGUCCGAAGAGUGCUAGCUACCGAGGAUCGGUCUGAUCACUUGAUCCAGACAGACACAGUCAGUCUGCACCGAAAGCCCAAGCCCAGUUCCUCUUGCUGUUGAUCGUCCAAGAGGUUUGCCCUAUGUGUUCUAACCAACUCACACACACACAAACACACACACACACACACACACACACACACACACACGUGAGCUGGGGGAGAGAAGAGGGAUCGCACUUGCAGCAACAGAUCAGCUACUCAUACAUGAAACUAACCUGUUUUGCUGCUUUGUGAGUGGGUGGGAGAAGGGACGCAUCCCCUGGCGGAGAAGUUCUGUAUUCAAUAUUGACAUCUUCCCUCCAGAAACCCUAACGGUUGGCUAAUGUUUAACUUAAACACAUGAAAAUGACAGCUAGGUGAAUGAAAUGACUGAGACUCUAAUGAAAACACUUGAAGAUUCUAGAAGUUACUGGUUGCGUGCGUUGCUUUUUCUUGGGAAAAUGGAGAACUGCUUUUUGUAUGUGUAUAUUUUUAUGUAAUUAGCAUUGUAUUCUUGGCUUGGGGUGGGGGAGGAAUUUUCCUGAAGCAAUAAUGUUAGAUAUUAGAGAUUAAAGUCUAAUGCAUUUCCACUGUG